AGUAGGCUUUUCACUGGGCCCAUGCGGGCCUGAAGGUACAAGUUAAUAUCUGAUGCUAAGUGAGCUGUGAGGUGCCUGUGCCCUUGAAGCCUGCCCUACAGAUUAAUUAGAGCUGAUCCUGAGGGCUGCUGCAGGGCCAGCCCCUUGGGCCACACAAGACCGCCAAUCCCCUAUUUGGAUUAGUGGAGAUUUGAGUUUAAAUUCACAAAUCUCGACAGAUCAGCCCUUCUGAUCUUCAUCCUGUGUUACUGUCAAACCACAUGUGUACUGGGAUUACUCGAGGGGUCUCCAGCCUCCAUUUCUUAAAAAGAAUAAACCCCCAAACCAUGUUCGUGUCAAUUGGCCAAUUUUUCAUUUUGCUAAAGGUUUCCACUGCACCCUGGAUGUAGCUUCAGCAAGCUAUAAGUCAGUUAUUUUCAGGGUGAACUGUGCUGAUUUAAAUUGAAGUGAGAUUUGAGAAAUUAGCAGCUGCGUGGAAACACUGAUUUCAUGGUUGGCACCUGGCCGUUGGAAAGCAAUUUGGGGUUUUGGGGCUCCAUUCUCUUGUUUAAGACCCCAAUAGGGUGGAGAAGGCAAUGGCAACACACUCCAGGAUUCCUGCCUGGAGAAUCCCAUGGACAGAGGAGCCUGGCGGGCUACGGUCCAUGGGGUCGCAGAGAGUUGGACACGACUGAGCGACUAACAGGGUAGGCAUGUCUCCAUGUGAAGAUGAACAAGUUGGAAAAGUCAGGUGUUGUGUUUAGAAUCGCACAGCUGGGUCAAAUCCAGAAGUAUCAGGUCCUAGAAACUUCCAAAACGCUACAACUCCCUUCUCCUUGAAGAUAGGCGUUUAGGUGCUUUCGGCCAGCCUUGGAAUUCUGUUCACCCAAGAGCCACGCUCAGUUGGAGCUUUGAGCUCAGGAGAGGAGACCAGAUACCAGCUUUGUGGAGAAACACUGGACGCUGCGCCUGGCCCCCACCAUGAGCGCCGAGCUCAACGUGCCCGUGGACCCCUCCGCUCCUGCCUGCUCGGAACCCGGCCACAAGGGCAUGGAUUACCGGGACUGGGUUCGCCGCAGCUACCUGGAACUGGUCACCUCCAACCACCACUCCGUGCAGGCGCUGUCCUGGAGGAAGCUCUACCUGAGCAGGGCCAAGCUAAAGGCCUCCAGCAGGACAUCCGCCCUCCUCUCAGGCUUUGCCAUGGUGGCCAUGGUGGAGGUGCAGCUGGAGACGCAAUACCAGUACCCGCGGCCACUGCUCAUCGCCUUCAGCGCCUGCACCACGGUGCUGGUGGCCGUGCACCUGUUCGCCCUGCUCAUUAGCACGUGCAUCCUGCCCAACGUGGAGGCCGUGAGCAACAUCCACAACCUCAACUCCAUCAGCGAGUCCCCGCACGAGCGCAUGCACCCCUACAUCGAGCUGGCCUGGGGCUUCUCCACCGUGCUGGGCAUCCUGCUCUUCCUGGCCGAGGUGGUGCUGCUCUGCUGGAUCAAGUUCCUGCCCGUGGACGCACGCCACCAGCCGGGCCCCCCACCCGGCCCCGGCGGCCACACCGGCUGGCAGGCCGCCCUGGUGUCCACCAUCAUCAUGGUGCCUGUGGGCCUCAUCUUCGUGGUCUUCACCAUCCACUUCUACCGCUCGCUGGUGCGCCAUAAGACCGAGCGGCACAACCGCGAGAUCGAGGAGCUGCACAAGCUCAAGGUGCAGCUGGACGGGCAUGAGCGCAGCCUGCAGGUGGUGUGAGCGCAUGUGCUCCUGGGCGCGGCCGCCGCGUCCACAUCACUUGGCGUGGACCGGAACUCGCCUGCCUCCUGGACAGUUUCAGACACGCGGAUGGCCAACCGGGCUGCCGAGUCACUGCCAGACGGUUUGAGACCAAAGUUCUACUCCUGUCUUAAUGCUAAGACCUGGCUCGUUUUCCCUCGGAGGAUGGGAACUCUUCAGUUAAAGGGGAGACUGAUGGCUAAGAGCUCAGGGCAAAGAAAGGCUGAGUCUUUGGCCAUGGGGACUUCCUGAGGCAAGGAGGCCAGGCUCUGGGUUGUAAUGGGCGGUCACGGGUCCCCUCAGAGACAUGGACCAGCUUGGGGCGGGAGCCUGGCAGGGGCCUGGAGAGUCGGGGCGGGAGCCUGGCAGGGGCCUGGAGAGUCGGGGCAGCAUCCUGAGUUCAGGGAAGGGAUGGCACCCUGACUCUGGAGCUGGGCUGGUGGCAGCCCAGGGGCGUGAGUGAUGGUACCACCCUGCUAUGAAUAGACUGGGCACAGGAUUAACGGCUUGGCCUGGUGCUUCCCUCCCUGCCCUGGAGGGGGUUGGGUGGCCUGGCCCUGGGACGGGCAGGCAGGAACCUGGGUAGGGCAAGUCAGCCCAGCAAGCGCACCAGACUAGUCAGGCCUUGGAUGAGAUGUCCAAGGUCAGAGGCCUGUGGGGUCAGGAGGCCUGUCUCUGGGCAUCCCAGGUGAGGUGCCCACUUGAGCUGGCUAACUGAGGGGUGACCUGAAGCAGCCUGGGCUCAAAUUCUCUCCCCAGACAGCAGGAUUCCUGGCCACACUGACCCAGUGAGGCCACCAGGUUGGGGAAGGGGCCCACAGUCCACAGACAUCCUUCUCUCAACCCGAGGGUCCCCUGAGCUGUCAGCCCUCUGAGCUGUAGCUACAGAGGGUGGGACACUGGCCAGGCAGCUGAGCUCACCCGUCUCCUUGCUGCCUGUGGCCCCUGCUGUGGGAGGGGGGCAGCCUGGGGGACUUACUGUCUAGAUAAGGCCAUGGCCUGGCCCGGUCCGUGGGUGGUGGUGCCAGAGGCCAGCCGUGGCCACAUGUGGGUUCUGCUUAUGACAGCAGGGAGGGUGAGGUCCCGUGUAGUGCUCCCCGGGGGUCCCCCCCAGGCCUUCCGGCCACACCCACCCAGCUCAUACUUCUAUACAGUCAUGGUUUCUGGUGUUUUCGAGAUGGGCAUCUGGUGGACCUGAGCCCAUGUCCUGGGGCAGAACACGUACAUGCUACAGCUCAGCUUAUCUGUGAGCUUGCUGUGCCCUGAGCUGCUUUUAAGAACCACAUGUACCAUACUGGCCAGCAGCCACCAGAGAGGGGUGCCUUUUCUUUUGUUUCCACAGUCAUGGGACUUCAUGCUCCGAUGGCAUUUCUGUCCACAGCCUAGUAGCUCUGCGGUGUCUGGGUUGCAUGUGCCAGGAAACGCUGGUGGGCCUGACCGGGGUUUCCAAGACGGUGACAUACUGCUGAGAACAUAAGCCUUAACACGUCGCUCUGAAAUGCUGGGAACCCCCAGUGCAAGUCGUGGCACUUACGGGGAGCCUGGAUGUUGUGUCCUGUGGGGCCAGAGGAGAGCCCUGGCGCCUUCUGAAGGGCGUGUCCCUCACAUCCUCUGCUGACAUCUGUCGUGACUUGCUUGGUCCUUAGCUCAUGUCUCCUCUCCUGGAGCCUUGUUGAAAAGGCUCGUCUGGUUUAAUGUAUUUGCUUUGUGCAAGGUCAGCAUCACCGCAAGACCACCACUGUGUGUCCCGGUAGGGACCAGACAGGCCGGCUCCUCCCCACUGCUGGAGGGGGCAGCAGCCCCUUCCUCUAGCCUGAGCCUUUUGAGAGGGGCCUCGCGGGGCUCACUGCGACCCACUUUGCUGGGCCGCCUGGUGCCCCUGCCCUGUGAGCCAGGCCCAUGGAGUGCCCAGUUCCCCCACAUCUUGGCAAGCACACCCCAGGUAUCAGCCAGGAGCCCGCUGUUAAUGCCUGGCCCGUGGCACUGGUGGGAGGGGGGUUUCCUAACCUGGCCGCAUCAGGGCCGGGCACUAGGCGCCAGGGAUGGUGGCGCACAGGCAGGGGAGAGGCCGCGCGACACGCUUACACACUGACUAGGAGAACAGCGUUCUUGUAAUUUAUUUUCAUCCGGCAAGUUUUCCCGGCUCCAGCCUUUCUAGUUCCCAGAGGUAUGGGGCAAACAGUUUCUGUGAGAACAGAGCUGACCAUGGGUUGGGGACUGGUGAUGGGGGUCACCCUCAGGGCAGCCCAGAGCGUCCUGAGGCUGGAGAGUGAGCUAUCUGGAGCUGCAGCAGGGCAGUCUGGGAAGGACAGGGAAGCAUAUUUACAGGCUAGAAAUUUGGUUCCUGGAGGUUUAGCCUGAUUGUGAAGAGGGUUCCGAGUACAGUGGCCUCUCCAUGGUGAGAGGAGCCAGUGUGGGCUUGCCCUAUUUUCCUCUGAAAGGAGCCUUCCUGGUGCUCAUAAAACAAAUGCCUGCAGAUACACAGAGGCCGUUUCCAAAGUGGAACACAGUCUCCUUUUAGUACCUGACCAGAAGCAAACUCACGGGUUUCUAUUUUGGACAAACUGCCAGGGCAGAAUGUAUUUCAGUGUCUUCUAGGAAGGUCUGUGCAGGACAAAACCACACAAGCCUGAGUGGAUUGAGGCGCAUCUACAGACCUUAUCUGUCUUGUGCUGAGAAAUGCACUAUGCAUGACGUCAUGGAGACCACAUGUGGUGUACACCGCCCCCCGCCCCCCCGUCCUAUAUAUGGAUUUUUUAAAAACAGUUGCCCUGGAUUGAACUGAAUAAAUAAAGCUACAACUUGCUCUCUGCUCUUGGUGGGCAGCCGUAGGGAGAGGGGAUGCUCAGAAGCCCCUCCUCCAACCACUGGUCACCAGUGUCCCAACAGGCUCCCAGGUGAGGGAGGUAGAGGCCCCCUUAUUGAACACUUCUGUCCUUUACUAA